UUCGAUUGCAGAUACUGUGGGGGAAGCUCCCCCGGCAUUCCCCCACGACUAGAGCCAGGGGCCGACGGACGAGGGUAAAUGCGUCAUAGAACUUAACCCCGUGGCGGCAUGUAUAUGUAUAUUCGGUUAAUUCCCUUCGUCGUUCAAAAAUCAUGCAAGCUUCUACGAUGUCGUGAGUGAUUAAUCCAGUUUCGGUUAACUCUGAUUAUCACCACCUUCUUUUACGCUCCCCUGAAACGCAGCGAAUGAGACCACUUAAAAGCCCUAAUUUAAACGCUGAAACGCAACGACGACGUAAGAAAAAAAUCGUCCCACUCCUGGGCCUAAUUUACUGUAGUUGGACGCGAAUACAUGUACAACCAUCGGAAAAAUGAUUUUUUCACGAAUCGGUCGUUCUCUUCUCAGCUCUUCUCGAUCCGCAUACAGUAAUAAGUUAAUUUCUGGUUUUGGUGUCCGUGGGAUGAGGUCGCCCUCGGUUACUUCGACUGAUCUGAAUGCGUGCAUUCCACGCGUUGAUGCUCCUACCCUAGGGCCUGUGAGAAGCUAUUUGACAUCGAUCAGAGCUGGAGCUGGAGGUGGAACUAAGAUCGCUGGAACCACGUUUCUGUCGGAAUUUAACUCGGUUUUUGCCAACCCCAGGCUUCGGAGGCUCUUUUGCAGUGAAGCGCCCAAAAAAAGAAACUAUGAGAACUAUUAUCCAAAGGACAAGAAAGAAAUUCCAAAAGGGGACAAUAAGAAAUCAUCAGAAGCUAAAGAUGAAUCAAGUGCCGGUGAUCAAGCGAAUGGCCAGGAUAGUUCUUCAAAGCAAUUUCAGAAUUUAAUUAUGCCAUUAUUGUUUAUUGGGUAUGUGCUUUCAUCCAUACUGCUGAGUCCUCGUGAGCAGAAUCAGAUUAGUUUCCAAGAGUUCAAGACCAAGCUACUUGAACCAGGUCUUGUUGAUCGAAUUGUUGUCUCCAACAAAUCAGUUGCAAAAGUUUAUGUGAAGGAUUCAUCUCCUGGUGCUAAUGAUGCUGUCCAAGGUCCUGUUCAUAGUCCCAGUUCCAGAAGAAAUGUGAGCAAGUACAAGUAUUAUUUCACCAUUGGAAGUGUUGACUCCUUUGAGGAGAAACUGGAGGAAGCCCAGGAGGCACUAGGGAUAGAUCCUCACAAUUAUAUCCCUGUGACCUACGCAGACGAGAUGAAUUGGCUUCAAGAGCUUUCGAAGUUUGGACCAACAUUGUUGAUUUUAGCUGCACUUGUCUACAUGGGACGGAAAGUGCAGGGUGGUUUGGGUGUUGGAGGUCCUGGUGGGAAAGGGGCGCGUGGGAUCUUUAACAUUGGAAAGGCCCAUGUUACAAAAUUGGAUAAGAACUCCAAAAAUAAGGUUUACUUUAAAGAUGUGGCUGGUUGUGAUGAGGCAAAGCAAGAAAUCAUGGAGUUUGUCCACUUCCUCAAGAAUCCCAAAAAGUACGAGGAGUUAGGUGCUAAAAUUCCUAAAGGUGCUCUACUUGUUGGUCCUCCUGGAACUGGGAAAACACUUCUUGCUAAAGCAACUGCUGGAGAAUCUGAAGUGCCAUUCCUAUCCAUUUCUGGGUCAGAUUUUAUGGAAAUGUUUGUUGGAGUAGGGCCAGCAAGGGUCAGGAGCUUAUUUCAAGAGGCUAGACAGUGUGCACCCAGUAUAAUCUUUAUUGAUGAGAUAGAUGCAAUUGGUCGAGCAAGGGGUCGUGGGGGUUUCUCUGGGGGCCAUGAUGAGCGUGAAAGUACGCUUAAUCAGUUGCUUGUAGAAUUGGAUGGAUUUGGAACCACUUCUGGUGUAGUGGUACUUGCGGGCACGAACAGGCCUGAUAUCUUAGACAAAGCUCUGUUAAGGCCUGGUAGAUUUGAUCGUCAAAUUUCUAUAGAUAAGCCCGAUAUUAAGGGGCGGGACCAGAUAUUUAGGAUCUACUUGAACAAGUUGAAACUUGAUCAAGAUGCCUCAUACUACUCUCAAAGGCUUGCUGCUCUGACUCCUGGAUUUGCUGGAGCUGACAUUGCGAAUGUCUGCAAUGAAGCUGCUCUGAUUGCCGCUAGGAAUGACAGUACAGUGAUCACGAUGCAACAUUUCGAGGCAGCAAUAGAUAGGGUCAUUGGGGGUCUGGAGAAGAAGAACAAGGUUAUCAGCAAGUUAGAACGACAAACUGUGGCUUACCAUGAAUCUGGUCAUGCUGUUGCUGGUUGGUUUCUGGAACAUGCAGAACCGUUGCUUAAAGUAACAAUUGUUCCUCGUGGUACUGCUGCUCUUGGUUUUGCUCAGUACGUUCCAAGUGAGAACCUUUUGAUGACCAAAGAGCAGCUAUUUGAUAUGACUUGCAUGACACUUGGUGGUCGAGCAGCAGAACAGGUCCUGCUGGGGAAGAUUUCAACUGGAGCACAAAAUGAUUUGGAGAAAGUUACCAAAAUGACUUAUGCCCAAGUGGCAGUGUAUGGUUUCAGUGACAAGGUUGGUCUCCUUUCCUUUCCUCAAAGGGAUGAUACCUUUGAAAUGAGCAAGCCCUACAGCAGCAAGACGGCAGCUAUUAUUGACAAUGAAGUUAGAGAGUGGGUAAGCAAGGCAUAUGAGCGCACUAUACAGCUGAUAGAGGAGCACAAGGAUCAUGUUGCUCAGAUUGCUGAAUUAUUACUCGAAAAGGAGGUUUUACAUCAAGGGGAUUUGGUCCGCGUGCUGGGUGAACGUCCAUUCAAGAGCAGUGAGCCCACAAACUAUGAUAGGUUCAAGCAAGGGUUUAUAGAAGAUGAUAAAGAAGUAGUAAAAGACUCUCCAGAAGGUAAGUCUGUACAGGAUGAUAGCUCGCCACCUUUGGACCCAGAUGUUGUUCCAGCGUAGUUAGGGGUGAGAGACAGUGGCUUGAAAAUGAGAGCAGGUUGAACACUUUAUAUGCCUGAUCUGUUCGCAGCCGCCUGCACCCUUUAUUUGCAGCACGGUGAAUUUGUAAAUUCAAGGACUUAUACAAUUAAAAGUUUAGGGGAUUUUCUGUCUUCAACUAACAGCGUCCUUUAUGUUAUCCUGUUG